AUGCAUUACCUCUACUCUUUUCCUGUCCUUUUCUCUUUCGCUUCAGUUGUGUCUGCCUCGAACGCUACUGUAGACCUGUCAUGGUAUGCGCCACCUUCUACCAAGGUCAGUGACCUCAAGUCUGUCAUCAAUGGCACCGAUACUUGGGGCUUCGUGUUCAACUCGUCCAAGACUCCAGCAGGACUACCUUACUCUACAUACAACUGGUGCAAUAUGCCUCACGUCCGUUGUUCUGAAUACCCCAACGUCGACCCGAGCUACAAGCUUCAAUACGUGCAUGUGAUUCACCGUCACCACAAGCGCACCCCGUAUGCGGCAAACACAUUCCCCAGAGAGUCAUAUGCAUGGGACUGCUCGGACGAAGGUCUUUACUAUCAUGCAGCGCCGUUCACUGGUUCCAAUGCCAACUCCUCGGCAUCUACAUACUGGAGCGUCUUUACCUCUUCUUCGAAUCCCUUGGCCCCGCAAGGCUUCAACGGGACGUGCCAGUUCCCUCAGCUGACCUCGGGAGGUCUGGACGACAGCCACCAGCAUGGCAAAGAUGUCUUUGGUGUCUACCACGAUCUGCUCGGGUUCUUGCCAUCAAAGUACGAUUCUCGCAAGAUGCAGUUCCGUGUCACAAACAACGUCAUUACCAGCCAGGUCGCUAGCAACUUGAUUCCUGGCAUGUUUCCUUCGCUCAAAGGAGACAGUAUUCCUCUUAUGAUCCAACCAAACUCAAUCGAUAGUCUGGAGCCCGCCUACACCUGCUCUUCCGCAUCCUCUCUCUUCUCAUCCUACGGCGCAGGCAGCACAAACGCAAACUGGACUGCCCACCUCACCGCUUCGUCCAACCUCGUCAAAGCCUUAGAUGCCAUAUCAGGCAUCUCCCCCAGCGCGACCGCCUGGCACCAAUCCUACGAUCACUACUUUGACAAUCUCUCCGCUCGUCUCUGUCACUCGAAGCCCUUGCCCUGCAACAGCACCACCGGCACUUGCGUCACCCAAGCCCAAGCAAACCAAGUCUUUCGUCUAGGCGAAUACGAAUACAACUAUCUCUAUCGCUCCGCCGGCCCUCAGACUCUAGAGUACGCUCGCCGCAGCUACGGCAUCUGGAUCGCCGAACUAGCGAAUCGCCUUCGCGCUGCACAAAACGGCAGCGAUCCCAUUAUUUACCGCCACGAUGUUGCCCACGAUGGCAGUAUCGCUCGCUUGUUGGCGUUAUUGCAAAUCCAGGAAAUGGUAUGGCCGGGCAUGGGAUCAGAGAUUAUCUUUGAACUUUACGAACAGCGUCAUCAGUGGUUUGUGCGUAUUCUGUGGGGUGGACGGGUGUUGAGGAGUUCGAGCCCGAUGCUGGGGGAUCAAGUUGAUAUGGUGCCGUUGAACAGUCUGUUGGCUUAUUUUGAUGGGUUGGUUGGUCGUGGUGCUGUUUUGGUUCCUGGGUUGUGUGCUCAGAGUUAA